GUAUCUCAUAAAUUUGAAAUGUAAAUAAUCAUGAACAAAGAUUGAAGAAUUUCAUUUAACGUCCGUGAAAGAGUUAAAAAUUAAAAUUUAUUUCAAAAACUAAUAUUAAUGUUUAUUAUUUUUUAAACUAAGAAUUGUUGUGAAAUUAGAUAACUUGAAAACAUCAUUUAAACACAUCAUCCGCAAUCAUCUCUUAAUUGAGGAACAAAAUUUGAACAUGAUGGAAAAAAUACUUGAUUCUGGUAUACAUGACAUGGCAGCCAUGGCUUUCGAAAAACAUCGACUGAGGACGUUUAAAACUUGGCCUUUUAAUAAUUCUUGUAACUGCUCAACCAAAAAUAUGGCUGAGGCUGGUUUUUAUUUAAUUGCAAGUGAAGAUAGCGAAGCAGAUGCUGUUGAAUGUUUUUAUUGUGGUAAACAAUUGGACGGAUGGGAGGAUUCGGAUGACCCAUGGAAAGAGCAUUAUAAGCAUGCAUCAUAUUGUGAUUUUGCAAAAUUAAAGAAACCUGAAAUUCAAUUAACAGUUGAAGAAUUUUUGAAUUUGUAUCAUAAUGCAUUGAAAAAUCGUAUUAAUAAAAUUAUUGAUGCUAAAAUUGUUGAGGCACAAAAUCAUCAUCAGGAUGUAUUAAAAAAAUAUAAAAGAGAUUAUAAAAAAAUAAAGAACUAA